UUCAUCUAAGAAUGUACUUUUAAUCUUUUAAGCUAUCAGUUUUGAUCGUUCUCACCCUUUUUUACCUUAGAAAACAUUGGCCAGUGUCUGGGUAGCAGAGAACUUUUAACCUGGUGGUAACUGUAUGCUGCUAGACCAUUCAUCUCGAUGCAAAGUUGUAAAUGGAGUCAAGUGCAGUGCUGUUGAUGGAUUAUUCAUGAAGUAAAUGCCGAGAGACCACAAUGUGCUCCUUAGGACACAAAAGGGGGUCAUACCACACUCUAAAUGCUGUGCUUACAGGCAUCAGUAAUGUAUACUAGCUGCAAGUAUGAGAGAAAGAUGCAACUUAUUACCAUCCUUACGCCAGGGCUCUCCAGCAGGUCCACCAACUCUCUUUACACUGUUCAAAGCUCAGAAAUAACAAUGAAAUGCAUUUAAUCAAGACAGUGGAGGAAAUCAGGUAGUUCGCCGUUUACUGAACGAAAACCUCCCCCCCAGUUCAGAUGUCACUCUAGUUCUAGAGGCUGAGUGUCCCUCUCAGUUCAGACCACCCUAAUGAAUGUGUGUUCUCCACCUUGCAGAUUUUUUUACUACAGACCUGGGCUCUUGUGGUCAGAGGGAGAUGAUUCCUCAUGAAGUCUGUGGACCACUCACCAACAGCAGGCGCUGCCUUCCGUUCUUCAGGCUGAGACCUGCGCCCAUUCGACGCUGAAAGGCGGUCACGCAGGCCACGAGCAAGUGGCCGCCCAGGAUCUCCUGAAGGCCUGGAGAGACCAAGAGACAGUGUGAGAGAGAGAGAGGGCGUGUGAGGAAGCGAGAACCAAAGAGAGAAAGAGGUGGGGAGAAAGGAGAGGAGAGUCGACUACAAGGAGCGAGACAUGAAGUCAAACCAGGAGCGCAGCAACGAAUGCCUGCCUCCCAAGAAGCGGGAGAUCCUGGCCAGCAACCUGGUGUCGGAGGAGAAGCCGGUAGUGGUGGUACCAGCCAAUGAGAGCCAGCGAGGGGAGCACCUGGGCUGGCUCGCCAAUGUGGCCGCUGGGCAGGGUGGCGGCGUGCAUACCAGCAUCCCUGCUGAUUCCGACAGCCCCUCGUAUAAGCCCCUCCCCAUGACCGCGGAACACUUUCCUUCUUCUUCGUCGUCCUCAUCAUCCCUGUCCAGGCUGCCUGCUUCUGGGACGGUGGUGACUCCCCUCCCAGCUGUCUACUCCUCGCCUUUCUCCCAGCAGGAUGGGACAAUCCAAUAUGCCCAGCUGCCCCCCAGCCUGCAGCUCGUAGGCCCUGCCUACACGGGACCCUACACCGGGUACAUUUCCUCACAGGUUGUCUCCCCCGUGGCUACGUUGGCCUCCACCACCUCAGCGCAGCACGCCCACCUGGAGGGUUACGCUGCAACCGUGAUCUCACAGACUUCUAGAACAGAGCAGCCCCAACAGCUGAGUGGCUCACUGGGAGUCCUGGGGUCUGGGGCUGCUUCUCCGCUUCCCCACUCUGUACACCCGACAAGCCAGUACAUCCAGGUUGCCACUUCCCCUCUAAACGUUACAGCCAGAGCAGUCUCCGCACCAACCACCCAUGUGCCCCUGCACCUCCAGCACAGCCCUGCUGUCAUCCCCCAUGCCCUCACCCUGGCCCCCUCACAGGUGGUGGUCCAGUACACAGAGGGGCCCACCACCAAGAAAGAGGAGGGACAGGCAGAGCUAUUGAACGGGGAGACAGAGAAGGGCCGGCACUGUGAUCUUCUGCCGGAGGCGAACCAGGCCAAGCAGAGCUUUGCAGUGAAAGGAGCUGCCAGCCAGCAGCACCACUAUGAGACCCAACAGGUCUUGCUCCCUGCAGACUACGCCAAGGACACAGCAGGGCUACGUGCUUCUCUGAUGCUGCUGCCCAACAGCCGCAGCAGCAGGUCCGAUGCAGAGACGGGGCCGAAUAAAUUGGCCUCCUCCAUAAGACACAGUGAAAAGAGUGGCCACAUCCUUGGGAAACCCAUUUCCCGUGCUUCCCCAUUUAGUUUCACCUCCCCGGAGGGUCCAAAGGUUCCAGUCGCUGCUCUCUCCCCUCGUACUGUCAUCCAGACCACCCAGAGUGCCACUGAGCAGGUCCCAGUGGGUCUCCCUGCCACCAGUUUCUACCCCGCCACCCAGCCGCCCAUCAUUGGCUACAUUGCAGGUGGCGGCCCCCCGACGCCACAGCCGCUCAGCUACCACCCUGGCCUUCCCCAACAGCUGCUCAUACCAGCAAGCCAACACCUGCUCAUCCCGGUCAGCAGCAGCGGGGCAGCCGAGCUGGAGCCAACCCCCUCAGCUGCCUCUACCCACCAGCCAUUAGCUGCCGCAGCUGUGCCUCAGGCUUAUGUCACUGCCACGCUCCCCAGAUGCGACCCUUUUGGUUCCAGCGAGCACCCGCCACCGGCCCCCUACCAUCACACGGGUGCCAUGGUGCAGACGGAGCUCCACCUGCCCGUCAUCUCCUCUGCUACCGCUGCCAGCGUGUUCACGUCACCGCUGCCCCCGCCUGCCUCACCUUUGUCUGCCACCUGUCCUUCGUUGCCCCCCUACUUCAUGAAAGGCUCCAUCAUACAGCUGGCAGACGGCAAGCUGAAGCGUGUCGAGGACCUCAAGACUGAGGACUUCAUCCAGAGUGCCGAGAUCAGCAGCGAGCUGAAGAUCGACUCCAGCACGGUGGAGAGAAUUGAGGGAAGCCAGACUCCCAACUCUGCCAUUAUUCAGUUUGCAGUUGGAGAGCACAAGGCACAGGUCAGCGUGGAGGUCCUCGUAGAGUACCCUUUCUUUGUGUUCGGCCAGGGCUGGUCUUCCUGCUCCCCGGAUAGGACCACCCAGCUGUUGGAGCUCUCAUGCGCCAAGCUGUCUGUGGGGGACGUCUGCAUCUCUCUCACCCUCAAGAACUCGAAGAACGGCUCCCUGAAGAGCUGCCAGACUCUGGAAGCUGCAGGAAACGGCAGCAACGGCCCUCUGCUGAAAUCCCCCAAGACGGACAGGCAGUGCCGGAGUGGGGGCAGCCACCCUGGGGGGCGGGAGAACGGAAAGGACCAGUGGGUGGGGAGAGCCGGUGGGCCUUCAGAAGCCACUAGCACACAGGCCAAUGGGGAGUUCACAUGCAAGGAGAAGAACAUCUUGUUGCCAGAAUCACCCUCAGCAGAGCCAGGUGGGAAUCACAAAGUGGCAGGCAGGAAGAGGAGGUGGUCUGCGCCAGAGGGGCGCAAAGUGGAGAGAAUCGCCAAGGAACCCACGUUGACUUUACCCAAACCCUCUUUUGUCUCUCAGGAGGUUAAAAAUUGUAUUGAAGGCAGAUCAAUUAUAGGUAAAUGAAUGCUAAAAGCACUAUUUUACAAUAGGGGAAGAGAAAAAUAUCCUUAAACCUUCUUUUCUUUAUAGGUUGGUUUCCAGCAAUCCAGAUUACUGUACUGUAGGCUAAAUGUCUGUUAGGAUUUACAUUUUAUUAAUUUUCCUUUAUUUUAAUUUAAAACUUUGGGGUAGUUGCAUUUGGAAGCACAUGGCUACAUUGAUCCAGAUAUUUGUUAGACAAAGAAGCAAAUAGGACUUGGGUGUACCAUAUGAAGUACAUAAUCCCCAAACAAAAUAACACAUAUUUAGCAUUUUGACGUGUUCUAAAGAGUAAAAGGAAAAAACUAAUUAGGCAAAGGUCUUAAUCAGACUGUCCUUAAAAGGUACCGACAAAGCUGGUCAAAUUAGGUCCGGUGAGUUAAGAAUUGCUAGUGGGAACUUUUCUAUGAGACAGAUGCAGAGCAGGCUGUUCUGCUUGAGGUGUCUAUGAUUCAGAGCUGUACUCUAUAAUCUCAGCAAUUCACUGCUUUGUGUGGAUUGGCAGAAUGAAAUUUCUUUUGUACCGUUUGUUUUCCUGACAACCAGGCUGUGGGUGGGAGUUCGCAAGACAUCGGUCGUUCCGUUGUAAAGCCUAGCCCUUUUACAUGAGUUAUGUACGCUUCAGUCCAGUGCAGCUCUCACUGUCUGCGCUUCUUUGCGUCACCCCAACUGUAAGGAGAGACAGUCGAGACCUAAUGUUCUGCUCCAGUACAGGAAGUGCUAUGACCGACCGAACCUGAGGACACUUUACUCGAGCCUUGGAGGCUACAAAACAGACAUAGCCUUCAUAAUGGUCCCAUAAGCCAUGAUGCUUUCAUACCCUUUGUGGAUUACCCAAAGAUACAGAGUUAGCUGUUGAGUUAGAAUUCCGUUUAAGAUACAUUAUAAAGAUGUGCAAGCAGUGGACAAAAAUGGAAGCACCUUUAGAUCAUAAGGAUAUACAGUAUGGUGGCCUUCAUCUGGAGAUGUCGCACGAGAAUGAUGUUCUUGACUGUAGGGGAAAGCCGCGAUGAGCACCUUGUCUCCAGUGGUCUGCAGGUCCUGUGGUCUUCUGGGGUUUGUUGUCUGGUGCUUUGAAUGCUUUGUCUGUGGGCCAGAGAGUUAUGAUGUCCUAGAGGCUUGUACUGUUGGAACAGGCAGUGGAACCUCUAAGGCUUGCAGAUAUGUGUGUUUGUGUAUAUGUGUGUCUGACCGUAGAAAAACAGUGAAAGAUGACCUUUUGGACCAUAUUGCAUUCUUCCAGUACAGGGCAGUGACCUCCUUAUGCUUCUCCCACCAUCAGGCCUGUGAGCUGCCAGGGGUUAGAAGUGACUUGUACUCAGAACAUUGAGCUGUAGCAAAACUGUAAAGUUUUGCUGCAGGCAGAAUAGUCACAGCCCACGUUCCAUCAUCUGCUGUCACCGCAACAUGCAGGUGUAACAUCUCUUAAUGCAGGACUUGCUAUCUAUUUAUAUGGUAAGAGGAAUGUAAGGGCUGAUUAAGCUGUUUCGUGUGUUCAAACUGCCCACACAGUCAAAUAUUUCUGCUUUUGUCCACUUUCCAUCCGUGGCCUUAACAUACUGUGUGUGUUUUUGGCUGACACAUCUAUGUGUUAUAAAAAGUUUAAUAUUUUGGCAAAAUUUAAAAAAAAAAAAAAAAAAAAAAACAGUGAUUUAAACUCAAAAUGUAGUUUUUAAAGUUAGUGGAAUGGCAAUAAAUACCCCUCCUCCCCCACUCAAAGCAUUGCUUAAUAGCAGCUCCAUAUCUGCUCUUUAUAGACUGAGAUUAUUAAUGCAGAAUUAGUUGGCAUCUUUAAAGGCUCAUCUGUUUAAAUAGUGUUUUUCUGUUAAUAGCCAGCAUUUGCCCAAAAAUGUAAUGCACAUUUUGGAUGCUGGAGAGAAGGAAUAGACAGGGUUUUGAUUACAGGCAAAGUUUCCAUGAUGUAUUCACAUACAGCAGAUGCAAGCUCAGGUAGAACAUUUCCAUGCCAUUCAUCUUCAUUCAACAACUUCUCUGUGCUCACAUGAACACUGACUCUUUUUUCAAAAUACACAACACACACGCAUAAGAGCUAUGGAAACCAUAAUCUACCCUGUGUCGCUCCUGCACUGAACUGGUUGUCUCAUGUUUGUGUAGCAGACCGUCUUUGUCAGACUCUGGUCAUUUCUUAGAUUUACUUUACUUGUUCAGCAGCGAAUUCUUGGGACGGGUAGCCUCUCGUGGCACUCCGACUCUUCGAGUUCGCAGACCUCCUACUGGAGGUCGUGUCCAGGAUUAUUACUGGUAGUACCAUGGGCUUCAUCUUGAUAUGACUGGACUGAGGAAGGAUGUCAUUACAUACAAACCUUUUUUUAACGGCAACUCUUGAAGAAAGAACAAAGUUGCAUCACAGAAUUAGAAAAUGGGAGUAAGUCAGUACUAUCUGGCAAGUAAUAUUAUGAUCAUGUCUCAAUACUCAGCAAUACUGUACUGAUUUUAUUCUUUGAUGGACCAGUAUACUCUUUUUAUUGGCCAUCCUGUAAGCGUUCUCUAAACUGAAUUCACAUGAAGGUUUGGGAACAACACAGAGCAAGAGCACGAUCCCAAAGAGAAAGUACUCUUCGCCUGUCACUUUUCUCACACUGAAGCACUUGUAGGAGCAGUAGGACCUAAGACAGAGGAGAUGAGAAAAAUGACAGGUUACAGAGCUGUAGUCAUCUUUUUUUUUUUUUUUGAUGGGACUCUCAAGAUGCCCCGUGGAUAUCAUGCCUUAGGGUUCGUUUUGGAGAAAAUAGGUGUAAGAUAUAAGGGAAAGGAGAUUUUUCUGGGUGUCAUCAGAAGUUCUGACCACGUAGGUGCCUGUCAUCCUCAAAAAUGUGUGUAUGUACAUGUGUAUGGAUUUCUACAUAUUAACACGUGCUUUUGUGCAUGUUUUAUGCGUAAUGUAUUUUGAAUGUGUGUGGAUGCAUUUAACACACACACACACGCGCACACACAAGCAUAUCAGUUCGACACAACACUGAAACGACUCACUUUUGUGACGUGAACCAGAGCUGGUGUGAUUUCAGUGUUCUGUAGCAUGUAUUCCGCGUAUACGUGUGUAUUAUUUAUGUGUGCUUGUGUAUGUGUGUAAGUGCACAAAUACUCACAGGCUCAUACGUUGUGUACAUAAUGAAAAUGUCUAGUGUGUUCUGUUUUAAGAAUUAUACUUAAAACAAUUUUGCGAUUUGCACAUACAGAGAGUUAACGACUUGAGCAUUGUUUUUUUUUUUUUUUUUUUUUCAUAUUGGGAAUUUACGGGAAGCCAGAAUCCCUUCAAUGAGAUGUAGCAGUUUCCAGUGUUUAAUAACGCCCCCCCCCCC